CGGAGGGCAGCGCGCGGCGGCGAGGCGCAGGCCGCCGCGCGAGCAGUGGCGACGAGGCUGGCGCGAGCGGCGACCGCCAGCCGGCCAAGCGGAGGAAGAGCGGCGCGGAGGAGCGGAGAAAGGGGAAGAGAACGGAGGAGGAAGCGGAUCUAGGUGAUAAGGGUGGUGCGAAGAAGAAAACGGGAGAAGAUGUCCUGGAGAGCGUUUCACGAACGGUGCGCUCUAUGAAGGAGGAGCAGGUAAAGGAGAGUGAAGACUUCUGGGGAAGCCAGAAAAUGGAUGAGGAUGAGGAUCAGUUGUUUGCUUCUCGUCGAGACAGGCGAGCUUUGCAGGAAAAAGCCAGGUUAGAAGGCGAAGAAGCCUCGCCUGGAAUGAUGAGACGAAAAUCAAAGGACGCCAAAGACAGUAUCACGAGCACAGUAAAAACUGUCAAGGAAGAACACACCAUGGAGAUGGAAGACGUUUGGAGUGAUAGCCACGAUCAUGGUGAUGAUGAAAAGAAAGUGCCGGGAGACGGCCAACGGAGAAAAAAGAGAACUCAGCAGAUGGACAGACGAAGAACGCACGAAACAUCGGCGGACGGUCGCGUGGAGAGUGUAUCAGAAAAAGUAACUAUUGUGAAACAGGACGAAACGAUUGAGAGCGAGGAUUCCAUAAGGGAUGUGAAGGGCAAACCAGAUGACUUACCUGACAGACGGAAGAGGACUAAGACCCGUGAUGAUGGCAAGAAGGCGACGGCAGGAAAGAAAACUGGGAAAGACGCGACAGACAUUGUGACGGAAACCACCAAGAGACUGACGAAAGAGGAAAAAACUGAGGAGGUGGACGUUUGGGAUGGCGAUGAUAGUGCUGGUGGCAGGCGACCAUCAGCCAAAACCGGAAAAACAAAAGGGAGGGACGUGCGAAUCCAGCAUGACGUGCAACGUGAUGAUGAAGACCACGGCUUACUGCACGAAAAGCGCGACGGCGAGUUCAUGAAAACCGUCUCUAAAACUGUGAAGACUAUGAAAGAGGAGCAGACCAAAGAAAGUGAAGACUUCUGGGGAGAGGACGCUCGUGGCGACGAUGCCCUUCCAGCAGAUAAAAAGCCUAUCGCUGAAAAGCAAGACGUUCGUACCCAGCGACCAAGACAGCGAGAUGAUAAAUCUGAUGUCAAGAAAGUCGUCUCGAAAACCGUUAAGUCCAUGAAACAGGAGCAGGUUGAGGAGAGCGAUGACUUCUGGGGAGAUGACGCACAUGCCGAUGAUAGGCUUGCACCCGAUAGGGGAAGAAAAGUGAAAAAGCAUAGCGCCCAGACCGAAGCUGAAACAUGGCACGAUACUGACAGGGGUCCUUUGGAAAAGAAACGAGGCGAUGAUUUCACGAAGAGGGUCUCGAAAACGGUCAAGUCCAUGAAGCACGAGCAAGUUAUGGAAAUCGAGGAUUUCUGGGGCGAUGACGCUAAUGCAGACGAUGAGUACACGCCUGACAAAACAAGGAAAGCCACAACAAAGACCAUUCAGAUUGAAAGUGAUGAAGGUCAGGAUCGUGCACAUGAAAAGGCACUGAAGAAGAAACCUGACGAUGAACUCACGAAGAGAGUUUCAAAAACUGUGAGGUCCUUGAAGGAGGAACAAGUCAAGGAAAGUGAGGAUUUCUGGGGAGAUGAUGCCCGUGCGGAAGACGAAUAUACGCCUGACAAAACCAGGAAAGCCACGACGCAGACCACUCAGACCAAAAGAGAUGAUAGUCAUGAUCACGGACAUGGAAAGGUACCGAAAAAGAAAUCCGACGAUGAGUUCACGAAGAGAGUUUCAAAAACUGUGAAAUCCAUGAUGGAGGAGCAAGUCAAGGAAAGUGAGGAUUUCUGGGGAGAUGAUGCCCAUGCUGAUGAUUCACUUACAUCUGAUAAAAUGAGAAAGGCUAAACCACAGACCAUUCAGACUGAACGUGACGAGAGGCAUGAUGAUGGGGAUGAAAAGGUGCUGAAGAAGAAACCCGACGAUGAGUUCACAAGGAGCGUUUCGAAAACUAUAAAGUCCAUGAAGGAGGAGCAGCUCACGGAGAGUGAGGAUUUCUGGGGAGACGAUUCACAACGUGAUGAUAGCUUUACGUCCGAGAAAGCAGAACCAGUCAAAAAGCGUGACGUUCGUAAGAGAAGCGAGGAUAAACCGGACGUUGUCGAUCAUGCCGUGAAAGAGAAGAGUGGUCAUGUUAGGAGGAGCUCGAAAACCAGGAAGAUCAUGCAUGAGGAAAAGAUCGAGGAGAUGGAAGAUUUUGGGGGAGAUGGUGUUCAUGCCGACAAAAGCAAGCCAAGCAAAAAACGAGACGUCCCGGUCCAACCAGCAGCAAAACCGCGCGAUGACACAGGGACGGGAACACCUGGUGACGACGUCCUCAUGCGCGUUUCGGAAACGGUGAGAACUAUGAAGGAGGAACAACUUCAAGAGAGUGACGAUUUCUGGGGUGAUACUGAACCUUCGGAUGACAGGGUGGCGCCGAAGAAAAUCAAGCCCGUUGGCGGCCAAGAUGCCAGUACACAGUUUGGCGAGGAGCCUCGUGGUGUUGACAAAGGUACGGCCACUGACAGGCCCGACGAUGUCAAACGAACCUCAAGAACGGUGAAGACCAAGCACGAGGAACAGGUCACACAGUUGGACGACUUCUGGGGCGAUGCGGCGGAUGGCGACGAUAGCUUCACGCCCGAGAAAGCCAGGCGGGCUGCGGAACGAGAAAUAGAAAUCAGACGUUCAGAACGCCCUGACGGCGUAAGUAAGGGGUCAGUGACGGAUCAACCCGAGGAUGCCUUCGUGAAAAGGAUUUCGAAGACCGUGAAGUCGAUGAAAGAAGAGCAAAUUCAAGAAAGUGAGGACUUUUGGGGAAAACCGAGGGAUGAAGAUAUGCUCCCAGACAAUGUCAAAAGAAAACGAGACCGGGCAUCAGAACUAUUGGAUGAUGCAGACACCAGUCAUCCUACAAAAUAUAAACCACAGGUCAGAGAGGGGAAUGACGUGGUAGAGAAGCUCACCAAGACCGUGAAGUCGAUGAAAACCGAAACACUGAAGGACUUUUCCGACAUGACCAACGUCCCCGCUGAGGGAUUGACACCCGAGGACGUAGGCGUGGGCCCUCAGGAUGCGGCAACACCGGGGCAGACGCAGCUGCCCCGGAAGCCGCUCAAGGACGGCGAGACGCCCAUCACCGACGCGGAGAUGCCUGAGGGGGACCAGCCGCGUCGACCUCGCGGCGACCGGCCCGCUGGUGACAGACGGGUGCCCUCCGACGACAAGGCCACCGCCGCAGACUGGCCAGCCGACGCGACCGCGACCGGCGGCUGGCCGGGCGACGACCUGGACCGCGUGAACGCGGCGCAGGUCGAGUCACUCCGGCGGCACAUGCAGGCCGACAGCGACCUCUUCUGGGGGCGGCGCGGCGACACGUGCCGCGUGCAGGAGAUCAGCAGCGAGCCCUGGGAGGACGAGCGGCGGCCGGGUCGCCGGCCGCUCAGUCAGCAGUCCGGGCUCGUGCAGGAGGUGGACACGGACGACGGCGGAAGCGAGCCCAGCAGCCUGGCCGCGCCUCCCGCCGAUGGUCGGCAACGGCAGACGCACUACCAGCAGGUCAUCACCACCGUGAUACAAGAUAACGGGGAGCGUGUAACCACGAGGUCGCACGUGAUGGAGAGCUCUGCCGGUGAGUACGGCCUAUCACCUCUGGUGGCUGAGGAGGUGCCCGUGGAGGCGGGCCGGCGGCGGCGGCGGCGGGACGACCGCCGGCCGGGCGAGCUGCCGGCCGACGACACCCUACACCGUAGGGAGGAGGUCACCACCUCUCACGUCCAGGUGCUACAGGACAGGUCCACCGGGACAUCGGUGCCCGAGAGGGACGUCGCGACGCCAGGGGACAAGGCCACGAAAGGUACCCCGCGAGACCGCGAUGUCCCAGUGCGGCAAGAUAAGGACAGUGAGACCCCAGCUUAUGAUCGGGAAGUUCCGAUUACGAAGGAUAGGCCAGGGAAGGGUGCGGCUCCCGACAAAGAUGUCCCAGUGCGGCACGAUACGGACAGUGAGACCCCAGCUUCUGAUCGGGACGUGCCGUUUAGGAAGGAUAGGCCAGGGAAGGGUGCGGCUCCCGACAAAGAUGUGCCAGUGCGGCAAGAUACGGACAGUGAGACCCCAGCUUAUGAUCGGGACGUGCCGAUUACGAAGGAUAGGCCAGGGAAAGAUGCAGCUCCGGACAAAGAUGUGCCAGUGCUGCAAGACGUGGAGACAGAGACUGGUCUGCCUUAUCGGAAGGCUCCAGUGGCUCAAGAUGGAAGAAUAAAAGAUGUAGCUGCUGACAGGGAUGUUGCAGUGGUGCAGGAUGAGAAGGUUACAGGCUCUGUCCCCGACCGGGACGUCCCGGUAACACAGGACAGAGGAGUCAAGGACACGUUACGCGAUCAAGACGUCCCUUCGCUGCACGAGAAACCAACCAAAGAUACAGCAACCUACAGCAAGACCGACGACUUCUUGCAUCACAGGGAGGAGGUCAUAACCUCACGGGUGCGGGUGCUGGAAGACAGAACAAUCGAAACGGAAAAGCUGGAUAGCGGUGUCCCAGUGCUGCAAGACGCGGCUCCCACAGAUACAUCACUGGAGCGGGAUAUUCAAGUGUUGCAGGAUAAGGAGACGAGGACAGCAGCACCGACCCGGGACGUGCCGAUCGCGCCAACCCCCGACGAAACACUGGAUCGGGAUAUUCCAGUGCUGCGGGAUAAGGAGACGAGGCCAGCAGCACCGACCCGGGACGUGCCGAUCGCGCCAACCCCCGACGAAACACUGGAUCGGGAUAUUCCAGUGCUGCAGGAUAAGGAGACGAGGCCAGCAGCACCGACCCGGGACGUGCCGAUCGCGCCAAUCCCUGACGAAACACUGGAUCGGGAUAUUCAAGUGUUGCAGGAUAAGGAGACGAGGACAGCAGCACCGACCCGGGACGUGCCGAUCGCGCCAACCCCUGACGAAACACUGGAGCGGGAUAUUCCAGUGCUGCAGGAUAAGGAGACGAGGGCAGCAGCGCCCAUCCGGGACGUGCCGAUCGCGCCAACCCCUGACGAAACACUGGAUCGGGACAUUCCAGUGCUGCAGGAUAAGGAGACGAGGCCAGCAGCGCCCACUCGGGACGUACCGAUCGCGCCAACCCCUGACGAAACACUGGAUCGGGAUAUUCAAGUGUUGCAGGAUAAGGAGACGAGGACAGCAGCACCGACCCGGGACGUGCCGAUCGCGCCAACCCCUGACGAAACACUGGAGCGGGAUAUUCCAGUGCUGCAGGAUAAGGAGACGAGGUCAGCAGCGCCCACCCGGGACGUGCCGAUCGCGCCAACCCCUGACGAAACACUGGAUCGGGAUAUUCCAGUGCUGCAGGAUAAGGAGACGAGGCCAUCAGCGCCGACUCGGGACGUGCCGAUCGCGCCAACCCCUGACGAAACACUGGAUCGGGAUAUUCCAGUGCUGCAGGAUAAGGAGACGAGGCCAGCAGCGCCGACUCGGGACGUACCGAUCGCGCCAACCCCUGACGAAACACUGGAUCGGGAUAUUCCAGUGCUGCAGGAUAAGGAGACGAGGCCAGCAGCGCCCACUCGGGACGUACCGAUCGCGCCAACCCCCGGCGAAACGCUGGAUCGAGAUAUUCCAGUGCUGCAGGAUAAGGAGACGAGGCCAGCAGCGCCCACUCGGGACGUGCCGAUCGCACCAACCCCUGACGAAACACUGGAUCGAGAUAUUCCAGUGCUGCAGGAUAAGGAGACAAGGACAGCAGCACCGACCCGGGACGUGCCGAUCGCGCCAACCCCUGACGAAACACUGGAUCGGGACAUUCCAGUGCUGCAGGAUAAGGAGACAAGGACAGCAGCGCCCACCCGGGACGUGCCGAUCGCACCAACCCCUGACGAAACACUGGAUCGGGAUAUUCCAGUGCUGCAGGAUAAGGAGACGAGGACAGCAGCACCGACUCGGGACGUGCCGAUCGCGCCAACCCCUGACGAAACACUGGAUCGGGAUAUUCCAGUGCUGCAGGAUAAGGAGACGAGGCCAGCAGCACCGACCCGGGACGUGCCGAUCGCGCCAACCCCUGACGAAACACUGGAUCGGGACAUUCCAGUGUUGCAGGAUAAGGAGGCAAGGACAGCAGCGCCCACUCGGGACGUGCCGAUCGCGCCAACCCCUGACGAAACACUGGAUCGGGAUAUUCCAGUGUUGCAGGAUAAGGAGACGAGGACAGCAGCGCCCACUCGGGACGUGCCGAUCGCACCAACCCCUGACGAAACACUGGAUCGAGAUAUUCCAGUGCUGCAGGAUAAGGAGACGAGGACAGCAGCACCGACCCGGGACGUGCCGAUCGCGCCAACCCCUGACGAAACACUGGAUCGGGAUAUUCCAGUGCUGCAGGAUAAGGAGACGAGGCCAUCAGCGCCGACUCGGGACGUGCCGAUCGCGCCAACCCCUGACGAAACACUGGGUCGUGAUAUUCCAGUGCUGCAGGAUAAGGAGACAAGGACAGCAGCGCCCACCCGGGACGUGCCGAUCGCACCAACCCCUGACGAAACACUGGAUCGAGAUAUUCCAGUGCUGCAGGAUAAGGAGACGAAGCCAGCGGCGCCGACUCGGGAUAUCCCAAUCAGGAAGGGCCAAGACACCAAACCCGGCGCGCCCGAGAGGGACGCACCGGUGGUCCAUGAUGAAGAAACCUGGACGACGGCACCGGAUAAGAAAGUCCCGAUAACACAGGACAAAGCAACGACCAGGCCUGUCGCUCCUGAACGAGAAGUUCCAGUACUAGGGGAUGACGAGACCGGGUUGGCACCACGUAGGCCUGUUGCUGUGCGGAGGAGGCAGGCAAAGCAUUCUGAAAUCACCGAAGAUGUUGUGAUCGAUCGUUCAGUGACAGAUACGUUGCCUGCCGACGAUGACAAACGCGAUACCGCCAGGGAUGCUAUUUCAGGAGAAAGGAAACGGACGUCGGAUGAACAUAUAACCAGCGAUAUCACAGCCUUGGAUGAUAAGGAGUUCUUCUCGAGGCCUCAAAAGGGAGUUGACAGGAGCCCAGAACGUCCUCAAGAGGUACCAAAAUUACCCGAGACGGACGAUAAGCGUAAAAAAUCAGUGGUUAAAAAGCUGCACAAGAAAGCUGUUGAGUUAUCGGAAGAGGAACUGUCAGAGGAUGAGAAACCGAGACCGAAACGUAAAGAACGACGCAUCCCAAUCGCAGACGAGCAGUCCCUUGAGCCCCCGGAUAUCGAUAAACCCACCACGAUCAAGGCACAGCAGGACGCGGAUGUUGCCGUGGAGCCAAAAGAGAUUGUCACUGAUCACCCCGAGGAAUACGAGAAACCUGUCGCUAAAAUCAUUCGAAUUCAGACAGAUUACGAGCAAGUUGAAGAAGUCAUGGAAGGUGUUUAUGACGUUCAUAAAUCCGUUUCCGAUGUAACGAUACCAGAAAGGGAUUCUUCGCCGUUGGAGCAGCGAGAGAUUGUUACCGCCGAAGAGGUAGAAACCUCAUCUGACACCAGCAAAUCGACGGUCGUGGCAGCUUCGGCCAGUCAGGAACAGGAGCGACCGCGUGCAGACGACCUGGCGACGCCCGUUUACAUGGACGGCAGUUCCGAGACGGCGCCUGAAUCGCGCUCCAAGCCUGAUGUAACGAGACAGCGGACAGACGUUGAGGAGACGGCCGCCGUGGAUCAGGCUCUUGUGAGGGAUGAACAAAUGCCAGACGUUGCUGGUCCGAGAGACCGUGACACCGUGGUGCGUGACAGAGACACUCGGCCCGCGCCAGAUGAUCGUGUUGAUGCUGAAUCACAGACCCCUGGGGAUCAAAAGGACACUGAUCAGCUGCGUCCAAUGAAGAAGGCUACCGACGUAACUCGACAGGUAGACCUUGAUGAAUUCGAUGUUGAAACUGAAGAGGUGUACCAGAUCACUGAAGACGCCGAUGUGUCAGGCAAUGAGCCCACAUCAACCAGCCGCCCUAAGACGCAUGACUCCAAAAUUCCAGCAGAAGACACCAUGCAGUCGCAGAAGCCCGAGGACUCUGGACACGACUUCUGGUCACAGCUAGCCCCGGAAGACGUGGAACCUGACGUGGAGAAAGCAAGGGCCCUAAGGGAGAGGAUAAUUCCUGUUCUGCAGGAUGACACGAACCUCGACUUGAAGGUACCUGAAAAACAACAAGCAGAUGAGGAUGGGGUAAAACCAAGAGGAGUUGGAGAUGGCUUCUGGUCCCCAGAAACCUUAGAAGAACAUGAUGCGCCGGUUCCCAAGGGUAAGGUAGAAGGUAAAACGAUCGCCCCAGUUCCAAGCGAACCAGUUCCCCCCAAAUCUGAAGAUGUAAGCGAAAGUAAGCCAACAAUCCCAAAAGAAAGAGCUGCUCCGGAAUCAAAGCCUGGAGAACCCGUGGCAGCAACUUUAGCCCAAUACCCCGAGACCGCGGACCGGGUCACAAAGGAAAGGCCGGACUCUGACCUUGGAGUGACUGAAAAGGUCGAUGAGGUCGAAGAUUUCUGGUCGCAAAUAACUGACAGAAGGGAAGAAAUGGAGGACGACAAAGCCAGGGCCUUCAGGGAACGAAUCAUUCCGAUUGAAACGGACCUGGCCGCUCCUGACUCACCUGAGGACUCCAAAAGAAAAUCGAAGCCUGUCGCCGGUGAUCAGGUUGCAAAGCCAGCAAGUCCAGUAACCAAGAAGCAUGAGACUAAAGCGCCUGGUGACGAAGACUCACAGCUGGUAGAACAAGGUAUCUCCCCGUCGGACAUUGCCACGGAACCAGAAGAACCUCAUGCUGACAGGCCCAGUGCCCGGAAGGAAAAAAUUGUUCCGGUGCUCCUGGAUGGAGUUUCUCCCGACACUACAGCUGAAGGUCCGCAGAGAUCAGAGCUAGACGGCAUACCUCACGAUGAUAGCCCUACGAAAGAUCAGCCGGUCGCCGUUUCGCCUCGCAAGCCUGUCUCUGAAAUACCUAAGGAUGACAUUCGGUCCAAGAAAACUGUAGCAGUUGAAGAGGGAGAUUUCUGGUCACAGAUUGUCGAGGAAACUGAAGAGACACUUGUUGGCAAAGCCAAGGCCUUGAAAGAAAGAAUUAUUCCGGUACUAGAGGAAGAAACAUCACCUGAUGUGAUAGGUCAAGCUCCACAAAAAUCAGAAAUCCACCAAAAGCCACUUGACGCUGAGACUGCAAAAACCGAUAUCAUCAGUGCUUCCCCCAAAAGCCCUGACUCUGAAACACCGGAAGAGAGGAAGGGGUCACCUUUGAAGAGAGAGGAGAAUGAUUUCUGGUCACAAAUUGUCGAGGAGGUCGAAGAAACGGUGGUCGGCAAAGGUAAGGUUCCACGAGAGGUAGACGUACCAUUAGAUCUGGACGAAAGGCCACGUGACACAACCACGGUUCGUCCUCAUAAAUCGGUACAAGAUGAAGAACCUGUUGGAGAUCAGCCUUCAAAGCACGAACCCGUCGCCGUGUCAUCCCAAAAACCGGUUCCUGAAAUGCCUGAAGAAGACAGACCAUCUGUGAAGCCAGAGAAAGUUGGCGUAGAAUUCUCGUCACAGGAUGUGGACGUGACUGAUAAAACUCCCCUACGAAAAAGGAAGCCUUCAAAGGAAAGAAUUGCCCCCGUGCUCCUGGACGAGACUUCCCCAGACGCAACGGUGGAAAGUCCAGCGGAAGCAACACGGGAUGACGUAGCCCCGGAUAGUGCCAAACCAAAGAAGGUCAAACCGGUCGAUACUUUGCCGAUGAGUUCUGAUUCGGAAACCCCAGAGCUCAGUGAAAGGCCAGCUGAAAAGCCUAGAAUCGUUCCAGAAGGUGAUUUUUGGUCACAGAUCACCGAGAAAGCCGAGGACACACCUGUUGAAGAGGCAAAAUCCACCAGGAAAAGGACCGGGCCUGUUAUGCCGGAUGACACGGUUCCCGACACAAGGGAUACAGCGCAGUUGGACACAAAGCGCGGCGAUAUUUCUAUGCCUGACGAUCAAAUGAAGGGAAAGCCUGUUAGUGCGCCUUCAAAGCGUCCAGACUCCAAGCUGCCAUCUGAUGAAGUCGCCGAAUCUGAAAGUGCUGAAGAUCAUGACUUUUGGUCUCAGAUUGCCACAGAAAGUGAAGAAACUGGUGUUCACAAGGCGGCGGCUGUUCGCGAAAGAUUAGUGACGAUUCUUCAGGACGAGAAUGUUCCUGUUUCUGAGGACACUGGCCGACCAAAGUUAAAGGAAGGCGACAUUACUGGUACUGAAACUCAGGAGCCCAUGGAAAAACCACGUAUUCGUGCAAAAGAAAAGCCUGAAGCUGGCAUCUCAGUCGACGAAGGCGUGCCGGUGGAGACGGUAGAGGUGUGUCAGGUCUCGUCACAAGUGGAUGAGACAGAAGAGAUUUUCACUGACAAUGCCAAGAGGACAAAGGACAGGAUGGUCCCAGUUCUCAUGGACGAGUCUCUACCUGACACAAAAGGAGUUGGCGAACAUAAACCAAGGCUUGAUGACGUUUCUCCUGAUAGCGAUAAACCUGCAAAACUGAAACCGAGUAGGGUUGGGUCCAAAGAACCUGAGCCUGGAGUACAGGAGGAAAAAGGAAAGGAAGCAAGGAAAGGGAAGGAAGGAAAGGUCAGUGAUCUCCCAUCAAAAGAAUAUCGCCCCAUUCAGCCUGAAGUUGAGGAGGUUCAUCCUGAUAAGCCCGGCAAGGUUAUUGACGAAGACAUUGAGACGAAACUGAUCCGUGACCGUGAUGAUAUCAAGGUCGGCAAGGUCAGGGCUGUAGAAGACAGUGAUACUACCCCUGUUUCUGAGGAAGUCAGUGGAGAGAAACCGAAACCAGAUGAUACAGUCAUCGAUGACAGGGUUCCGAAGAUGAAAUCGGAUAGGCCCCAUUCAAGGAGACCAGAGGGUGGCGUCCCAAGCAGUGAGGACCUGCAGCACGGGAAAGCCGAGGAGGUAGACUUCUGGUCACAAAUUCCCAAGGGAAAUGAAGACAUAGGCGAGGAAACGCAUGUUGACGAAGUUGUUGUCGUUACGGAAAGAACUGUCCAAGUUCUCAAGGACGAAAUCAUUCCUGUCGACAAGGAUACAGUCAAACACAGAGCAAAACCAGAGGAAUUACCUGCUGCACUUGUUCGACCAGCAAAGGAGAAACAAUUAGCUUCGACUUGUGAGGAGAUCGAUUCCGAAACUCCAGCUGAUUUGGACGCUCACCCAGACAUCAAGGAGGGUGGUCUUCGAGACCGGGCUUCGCCAGUUUUGGAGGAUGCUGACCACCCGAAGCAAAAACAGGGUGAAAUGGCCAUCCCCGACGAUCAGGCGACGAAGGUAGAACCAGCUAGUACUCCUACUGGACUGCCCGAGUCUAGGACUAUACCGGAGGACCGCGCUCAGGUCGAGAUCACUGAAGAGGGCGAUUUUUGGGCCCAAAUAGCUGCAGAAAGUGAGACGGUGGCCGUCGACAAAGCGAGAGCUGUGAGGGGAAAAGGUGCCGCAGUUCUCGAGGAUGAUGUGGUUCCCGAUACCGCUGAUACCGGCAAACCUAAAACAAAGCCUGACAAAAUACCUGUCACGCAUGGUCGUGUAGCAGUGGAACAGCCAAGUAUCUCGUCAAGGCAGAUUGAGCCUGAUUUGCCAUCUGAGAGAGGCGUGCCAACAGAGACCGUAGAGGAGAAGGAGAUGUUGCCAGACAUUGCCAAGGACAAAGAAAAGACACCUCAUGGUAAACCUAAAGCCACGAGGAAAAGUAUGUCACCAGUUCGUCAGGAUGAAUCUGUACCUGAAAUCAAGGUUGAUGACAAAGAGAAACCCAGGAUAGCUGGCGUAGCACCUGGUGAUGAUGAACGCACAGAUAUGAAACCGGGUGGCACUCCAUCCGAGAAUCUGAAACCCAAAAUACCUGACGCCAAGGAUAUUGAGUCUCUGAGACGCGAAAAGCCUGAGGAAGAAGAUGCACCAGAAACAGAGGUUUGUGAUGAGCAACAACCGAGACUCGAUGAUGUUGGUCCUCACAGCAGUAUGCCUGUAAAAGACAAACCAACUGAGACUUCCUCCAAAAAACCUGCAUCCAAAAUACCCAUCGAAGAGGAUAGCCAGUCUUUGGAACUUGAGGUGGUCGAUCAGGUUGCAGGUACUGCUGAGAAAGUUGAAGAGACAUGUGCCGUCCAGGCAAAGGCCCCCAAAGAGCUGGUCGUUCCAGUGCUACAGGACGAAGCAGGCACUGACAAGAAGACUAAGGAUCAGCAGAAACCCGAGUUUCCUGAAGGACCCCUCGAUGGUGACACGCCUACCAAGGCCCAGCCAGACAGUGCAAAGGAAAAGCCACCGCAACCUGAUGAGCCCAAGCAGGUUGAAGCUGAUGAUUUUUGGGCACAGAUAACCGGGGAAACUGAAAGUGCAGAUGAUGACAAAGCUGUGACUUUCAGAGACAAGGCAGUUCCAGCUCUGGACGAGGCUAUGAUAGGUGGUACACCAGCGAUAGGUACUACACCCGACACCAUUGUUGACGCAAGCGUUACCCCAGACACGAGCGCCCCUGCGGGCUCGAAACCCCCAGAGAAGAGCGGCAUGCAACCUGAAACCGUGGAAGAAGAUGUCCUGUCCCCUGUCCCCGAGAAAACAAGGUUGGUCGAAGAUGAUGAGACCAAGGUAGUCACCGAAGGCAUAGACCAGGUCCCACGAGAUGAAACUAGAAUUGACACGAAGCCUGAUGCUCAAGGCAAACCAAAGAUAGGCGAAAUGCAUGCCGAUAGAGAGCAACCUGAAAAGCUUGAACUGGAAGACGUUAAAGGUGUAGAAACGUUCGACGUGCCAGAAGAAACCGUACCCGCUGCAGGCGAUCAGGCAAUUCAUGCUCGCGAGCCCACGAAACAGAAACAUUUGAAACCAGAAGACGUAGCUGCUCCAAAACGGAAGGCCCCAGAAAUGCAGCCUAGCGGUGUUGCUCCACAACAACCUGACGAGGAAAUCCCAGACCAUAUUGAAGAGCCGCUCGACGAGGCCGGAGAACGCGAUUUCUGGUCGCAGAUGUCCAAGGACAGCGGGGAGACGGACGUUGAUAAGGCGAAGUCCUAUCCGGACAAAAUGGUCCCGGUCGUUGAAGAUGUGGCUGCUCCUGACUCAGAACAUCCAAGUCAGCUUAAAUCCAAGGGAGCCGACGUGUGCACUGAUACCGAGACAACGGCGGAGAAGCCAGUCAGCGCUCCGUCGCGCGAGCUCGAUUCCGAUACGGCAGGCGAAACCAUCCCCACUGGGGUGGCAGAAGAAGGCGAUUACUUGUUACGGGAUGCCGAACGAAUCAAAGAGACACAAAUGGAUCAAUCUAAACCAACCAGCAGGACAGUGCCUGACACACAGUCUGGCGGUGAACCUGAGGCGCCCCAGCACCCUGCGGACGCGGCUCCGCAGGUGAAGCCAAAGGACGUUUCGUCUGAGGCACCGGAGCCUGAAGUGCCAGAUGAGAAGGACACCCAUUCUGACAAGCCUGAGGCGGCUGAUGUUCGAGAUUUCUGGUCGGAAAUUGCCGACGAAGGUGAGGACACACCCUUUUUCAGGCCGGAGGAUAAACCGGAAAAGCCCGCUUCCGUUGUUGGCGAAGAGGAUGCUCCGGCCCCCACGGCUGUCAGCCUUGGAAAACCAGACCUGGCUGAUGUUAUCGAUGAAAAAUCGAAGAUGAAGACUGACAGUCUUCCUUCAAAAAAGGCAGAGUUAACGGAUGACAGGCCUUCGCAGAGGGAUGAGAAGGCAGACUUCUGGUCAGAACAAGCCGAGGACAGCGGCAAAACGGACGACUUGAAACCGCAAGCUGGAAAGGAAAAAAUGACACCGGUCUCUCAGGAAGACAUCCCAGAUGAGCCAAAGCCGGAGGUAAGUGAGCAAAAGCCAACAGCUGAUGAGAAACCUCCUUCAGAUAAAACUGCGGAAGUGAAGCCAAUUCCUGCUCAUCCAUUAACUGCUGGCGAUGAGCUGCCGGCUGAAGCAUCUCAGCCUAAAGCUGCUGAAGAGGUCGAUUUCUGGUCGCAAGUCGCUGAGAAAGUAGAAGAUACGGUUGACGAGGGCAUCCGUACCUCUGAGGUUAAAGAUCAGCGGGCACCAACGUCGCAUAAGACGGUGGUCGAAGGUGCACCGGUGGAACAGGGCGCUGUAGACGCAGAUAAAUUGCCCGCGGACCUGGGCGAAACGCUACCGUGCUUGCCUAAAACGGCUUCUGGAGAAGUCCCCGUUCCGUCGUCCCCGAGUUCCGUCGGCAAAAAAGUGGUGUUUGACGAUAGCCAGGUGCCUGUCGACGACCAGGGAUCCCCAGAUACGCCAAUGGCCCGACCUCCCCUGGAGAAAAAGGUUUCAUUCAGCUUUGACGAUUCAGAUAAGUUGGCGGACGCCAUCGGGCGUCAAGCAGAUGUUGCGGAUGAGAUUCCCGAGAAGCGAACCGACAGAAAGUUGAAAUCGCCUCCGCCAACACUCCCGCCGUCAGCACUGUUUGAGCCUGAAACAAUUGAGCCUCUUGCCGAGAAACUGCUCGCUGCAAAGCCCGAGUUACAGCAAAAGUCAGACUAUGGUGAGCUUGGGGUAGGAUUGGGCAAGGAGACUGUGUCAAGUGUGUCUUCCUUCGAUGAAGACAACAAUGCCGAGAAAGCAGAUGUGGGCACCGUGAGCGAUAGUGCAGAUGAAGUCGAAUGGGAAGAUGAUUCCAUUUCUAUACCGAUUCAAACGCCAGCGAAGGAACUGCCAGAUCAGGUGGACUCAAAAUCACCGCAUGAGAGGACAGACGACAAAAUCCUUUCAGACCAGGACCAGGACAAGCCAGCCGGUUUGCCUGAAAUCGGUCCAACACAGGUACGCGAUGAUAUGAAGCCUUUCGAAGCUGAUAGCAAAGAUGCGCCAAGACCAUUCAUCGACAAAAAAGAUGAAAAACCUUCCGAGAAGCCUGAUCAGUUAUUCCCGAAGCCGCAUGAUAAGGAGCAUAUCGAGGAAGCUCCUCGUAAAGACAGACCAACUGAAAAGGAUGCGGAAUAUCCAUCAAAGCCUGUUUCAGAGGCAGACGAGACACGUGAAGAGGUCGGUGCUGGUUCCUCCAAGCCGCAGCCGGACCAAAGGGCAAGCCUUUCCCCGACGGAAGGCGUCCCGACAGCUGAAAAACCAGGUGUGGACGGCAAGACGCCGCAAGCAGCUCGGAGUGCUCCGGAACGAAAGACGUCCCCCGAAAGGACCGGUGAAGGCCCCCCAGACACAGAAAGGCAACCCGAUAAACCUGAUCAAGAAUUAUCAAGACCACUUGGAAAAGAAAAGACUGAGAAAGAUUAUCCAGACGAGGAUAAACCGCACGAGAAACUUGAUCAGGAGCCUCAGAAAGCACGCGAUGAAAUGGCGGAUAGAGAUGUUCCAGUGACGGAUGUGUCGCCUGAGAGGCGGGCUCAGGAACCAUUGGACGAUGGACAGGCUCCUAAGGGUGCUCCUGAUAAAGAUAAGCCAUCGGAGAAACCUGGCGAUAGGCCAUCCAAGCCGCGAGACGAUGAAAAGGUGGUCCCAGCAGGGCGCGAAAAACCAGGCGACCUAUCAGAAAAAGAUUCUUCAAAGCCUCGUGGUGACGAACAGCGUGACAGGGAUGUCCCGCCUAAACGACAUCCGCCUGAGAAACCCGACCAUGCUGAAGAUAAGAAGUCACGACCAAGUCCCGCAGAGAAGGACCAACCACACUUGAAACCCGCAGCGGAUUUACCGAAACCGCAGGAUGACCGUGAUGCUAAGCACGAAAGGCCAGAUAGUCAUCCUCCAGACACUGACAAAGAGAAGUCAGCGCCAUAUGACCGUAAAGUUGCGGAUCGCCCUCCGGAAGGCCAUGAUCUCCACGAUCAGAACGUUCCGCGCGAUACCAAACGUCCGGAUCAUCGCCCCGGGGAAUAUGAUAUCCCUGGUCAUGAGAUUCCACACGAUACCAAGCACCCGGAUCAUCACCCAGGAGACUAUGAUGUCCCUGGUCAUAAGAUUCCGCAUGAUGCGAAGCACCCUGAUCAUCGCCCAGGGGAUUACGACAUCCCUGGUCAUAAGAUUCCGCACGAUACCAGGCGCCCGGAUCAUCGCCCCGGAGACUAUGAUGUCCCUGGUCAUAAGAUUCCGCACGAUACGAAGCACCCGGAUCGUCGCCCCGGAGAUUAUGAUAUCCAUGGCCAGAGAAUUCCGCACGAUGCCAAGCACCCGGAUCAUCGCCCAGGGGAUUACGAUAUCCCUGGUCAUAAGAUUCCGCACGAUACCAAGCACCCGGAUCAUCGCCCAGGGGAUUACGAUAUCCCUGGUCAUAAGAUUCCGCACGAUACGAAGAACCCAGAUCAUCGCCCCGGAGACUAUGAUAUCCAUGGGCAGAGAAUUCCGCACGAUACCAAGCACCCGGAUCAUCGCCCAGGGGAUUACGAUAUCCCUGGUCAUAAGAUUCCGCACGAUACGAAGCACCCAGAUCAUCGCCCCGGAGACUAUGAUAUCCAUGGGCAGAGAAUUCCGCACGAUACCAAGCACCCGGAUCAUCGCCCAGGGGAUUACGAUAUCCCUGGUCAUAAGAUUCCGCACGAUACGAAGCACCCUGAUCAUCGCCCCGGAGACUAUGAUAUCCAUGGCCAGAGAAUUCCGCACGAUACCAAGCACCCGGAUCAUCGCCCAGGGGAUUACGAUAUCCCUGGUCAUAAGAUUCCGCACGAUACGAAGCACCCUGAUCAUCGCCCCGGAGACUAUGAUAUCCACGGCCAGAGAAUUCCGCACGACACCAAGCACCCGGAUCAUCGCCCAGGGGAUUACGAUAUCCCUGGCCAUAGGAUUCCGCAAGAUACCAAGCACCCGGAUCAUCGCCCAGGGGAUUACGAUAUCCCCGGUCAUAAGAUUCCGCACGAUACCAAGCACCCUGAUCAUCGCCCCGGAGACUAUGAUAUCCACGGCCAGAGAAUUCCGCACGACACCAAGCACCCAGAUCAUCGCCCCGGAGACUAUGAUAUCCAUGGCCAGAGAAUUCCGCACGAUACCAAGCACCCGGAUCAUCGCCUAGGGGAUUACGAUAUCCCUGGUCAUAAGAUUCCGCACGAUACGAAGCACCCUGAUCAUCGCCCCGGAGACUAUGAUAUCCACGGCCAGAGAAUUCCGCACGAUACCAAGCACCCGGAUCAUCGCCCAGGGGAUUACGAUAUACCUGGUCAUAAGAUUCCGCACGAUACGAAGCACCCGGAUCGUCGCCCCAGAGACUAUGAUAUCCAUGGCCAGAGAAUUCCGCACGACACCAAGCACCCGGAUCGUCGCCCCGGAGACUAUGAUAUCCAUGGCCAGAGGAUUCCGCACGACACCAAGCACCCGGAUCAUCGCCCAGGGGAUUACGAUAUCCCUGGUCAUAAGCUUCCGCACGAUACCAAACACCCGGAUCAUCGCCCAGGGGAUUACGAUAUACCUGGUCAUAAGAUUCCGCACGAUACGAAGCACCCGGAUCGUCGCCCCGGAGACUAUGAUAUCCAUGGCCAGAGAAUUCCGCACGACACCAAGCACCCGGAUCAUCGCCCAGGGGAUUACGAUAUCCCUGGCCAUAGGAUUCCGCACGAUACCAAGCGCCCGGAUCGUCGCCCAGGGGAUUACGAUAUCCCUGGCCAUAAGAUUCCGCACGACACCAAGCACCCAGAUCGUCGCCCCGGAGACUAUGAUAUCCAUGGCCAGAGAAUUCCGCACGACACCAAGCACCCGGAUCAUCGCCCAGGGGAUUACGAUAUCCCUGGCCAUAGGAUUCCGCACGAUACCAAGCGCCCGGAUCGUCGCCCAGGGGAUUACGAUAUCCCUGGCCAUAGGAUUCCGCACGACACCAAGCACCCGGAUCGUCGCCCCGGAGACUAUGAUAUCCAUGGCCAGAGAAUUCCGCACGAUACCAAGCACCCGGAUCAUCGCCCAGGGGAUUACGAUAUCCCUGGCCAUAGGAUUCCGCACGAGACCAAGCACCUGGAUCGUCGCCCCGGAGACUAUGAUAUCCAUGGCCAAAGAAUUCCGCGCGAUACCAAGCACCCGGACCGUCGCCCAGGAGACUAUGACAUCCCUGGUCAUAAAAUACCGCACGAUACCAGGCACCCCGACCGUCGCCCCGGAGACUAUGAUAUCCAUGGUCAAAUAAUUCCGCACGAUACCAAGUACCCGGACCGUCGCCCAGGAGACUAUGACAUCCCUGGUCAUAGAAUACCGCACGAUACCAAGCACCCGGACCGUCGCCCCGGAGACUAUGAUAUCCAUGGCCAGAGAAUUCCGCACGAUACCAAGCACCCGGACCGUCGCCCCGGAGACUAUGAUAUCCAUGGCCGGAGAAUUCCGCACGAUACCAAGCACCCGGACCGUCGCCCAGGAGACUAUGACAUCCCUGGUCAUAGAAUUCCGCACGAUACCAAGCACCCGGACCGUCGCCCCGGAGACUAUGAUAUCCAUGGUCGAAGAAUUCCUCACGAUGCGAAGCAGCCUGGCCAUCGACCUGCAGGCUACGAUAUUUACGGCUAUGACCUUCCCAUGGCUGGCAAGCGACGGGAGGACCGUGUUGGACGCUACGACAUUCCUGACCGUGGGCGUGGCUCAGUGCCGGCACAUGGCCGCAUAGGCGUGGAUGUCGAGCCCGCGGACUAUGACAUCUACGGUUAUGUGCUUCUGGACUACAUGGACGGCAGUAAACAACCUGAGUAUCAUCGCAUAGGCUUCGAUGUGUUCGGGCGGAAGCCGUCCCGGGAUGGGAAAGAUCAAAUGCCUGCCGAUUAUGAUCUGCACGGCCUCGGCCCGCUCUAUGGGCUGCGAGGACCGGACUAUGAGCCCCACGGCUUUGAUAUGGACAGAGGUGGGGUGCCGCGGGAUGGAAAGGGACCGGAGCGUCGUCCCGGGGACCACGUCCCUGGGCAGAGGAUUCCUCACGAUGGCAAAGGAUCGGAGCGUCGCCCCGGAGGCUAUGACAUCCAUGGGCAGAGAAUCCCUCACGAUGGUAAAGGACCGGAGCGUCGUCCCGGAGACUAUGACAUCCAUGGGCAGAGAAUUCCUCACGAUGGUAAGGGACCGGAGCGUCGUCCCGGAGACUAUGACAUCCAUGGGCAGAGAAUUCCUCACGAUGGUAAGGGACCGGAGCGUCGUCCCGGAGACUAUGACAUCCAUGGGCAGAGAGUUCCUCACGAUGGUAAAGGACCGGAGCGUCGUCCCGGAGGCUAUGACAUCCAUGGCCGAAGAAUUCCUCACGACGGUCAGGGAAUGGGCCGCUAUCCUGGAGACUACAAAAUACCGCACGGCGGUCUUGGAUAUGAAGACAUUCCUGGCGAGUACAGCAUACUGGGGUAUAUAAUCGUCCCCGACACGGUCCGGCACGAGGGCCCCGACUACCCGCUGGUGCGGUACGACGUGUACGGCUACCGACUGCCGGAGGGGCCCGGCCCGGCCCGGCGUCCCGACGUCAGCCCCUCCGAGUACGACAUUUGCGGCCACGCUAUCCUGCACGAGCGCGCCGAGGCCGGCUCGCGCGACUACCGGCCCGUCGACUACGCCAUCUACGGGCGGCGCGCGCCGGCGGAGGGCGCGCCGGCGCCCGGCGAGCGCGGCCUGCUCGGCCACGUGACGCUCCGCGACUGGGAGACGGAGGCCGGGCCGCGGCCGGCGCAGUUCACGCUGCACGGUCGGCGCAUGCCGCAGGACGUGGUGCUGGCGUCCGGGCCGGACGCCGGCCUGUUCAGCCCGUGGGGCCGGCGCACCGGGCCGCCGCCGGGCCUGCGCAAGCUUCGCCUCGCCGACCUCGACACGGACAGCUUCCGGGCGCCCCCGGCGCGUCGCGUGCUCAACACGCGCUCGCGGCCCAAGACGCCGGCCGAGAUUGUGGCCGAGCUGACGGGCGGCGGCCGGUGGGUGACGAUCUGGCCCUCGCAGCCGCUGCCGCAGACCCGCACUGAGGGCGAGCUAGCGAUGCCGCAGAUUCUCACCAAGUUUACCGAUCUCAUCUGCUUCAUCACCGAGAACAAGAUCCUCACCAUUCAGGGCUACGGCAACCCGAUCCCUGAGCCUCACUGGAUGAUGGACGGCAACGAGAUUCACUCGUCGGAGAACUACGUAAUCCAGCAGGACGGCCACCGGUACCGGCUCAUCAUCCCCCGCGUCCGGUACGAGGACGCCGGCCAGUACCGGCUCACGCUCAAGAACCGCAUGGGCGAGGUCACCGAGCAGUGCAAACUCAUCGUCAAACCUCUGAGUGACCUGAAAGAGCCCCACUUCUUCACCCACCUGGUGGACAACGUCAAGCACAAGGGCGAAGAGACGGUCAUGAGCGUGGAGAUCCGAGGACAGCCUCAGCCCGAGAUCCGCUGGUACAAGGACGGUGUCGAGCUGGCGCCGGACACCAACAUCAUGAUGACUCAGGACGUGGACACGUGUGUGUACACGCUCAAGAUCCGUCGCACGUCCGACGACGACAUGGGCCUGUACACCUGCAAGGCCAUCAACGAACACGGCGAGGCCUCAGAGGAGUCACGUCUGGAGGUGCUCUUCAAGCCGGAGAUAUCAGGCCUGCGCGAGAUCGCCGUCGUCCCCGGCGAGAAGGCCGUCUUCCACGCCACGGUCAAGGCCAACCCCAAGUGCCGGCUCAAGUGGCAACACGACAAGGUGGACGUGAGGCCGACAGACAACGUGCGGGUGGAGACGGACACCGACUGCACGCGCACUACCCUGACGGUGGAGACGGUCGGCAUGGUGGACGGCGGCGUCUACAGCGUGGUGGCCGACAACGUGCACGGCGAGACGACGGGCAGCGGCGUGCUCCUGCUGCGCACGGCCGUGCCGACCUUCAAGAAGCGCCUGCUGAACACCGGCGCGCGGCUCGGCCAGAAGCUGCUGCUGGAGACGGUGGUGGUCGGCCUGCCGGUGCCCGACGUCACCUGGUUCAAGGACGACAAGCCGCUGACGGUGCAGCGGCUGGACGAGCAGACGUUCCGCUUCGAGGUGGACGAGGUCACGUCGCCCGACUACGGCGCCUACCGCGUGGUGGCCAUCAACUGCGUGGGCUCGGCGGAGAGCUCGUGCAAGGUGUCGGAGGAGGUGCUGCCGCCCGUCAUCGGCUCCCGGCUGCCCACCUUCUCCAAGAAGGAGGAGGGCGACACGCUGGUGCUGGAGGCCAAGGCCGACGGAAGCCCGGCGCCGGAGAUCACCUGGUACAAGGACGGCGAACCCCUGGGCCCGUCGGACCGCGUGCGGCUGGAGCGGCUGGACGACGGCACGGUCCGGCUCACGGUGGUGGACCUCCGGCCGGAGGAUGCCGGGCGGUACCGCAUGGUCGCCUCCAACGGCAACGGCGACGCCAGCACCGAGUCGGCCGUCACCGUGGACCGUGUGCCGCGGAAGCCACGCUUCGACCAGACCAUGGGCGACGUCACCGUGACCGAGGGCAAGCCGCUCAAGCUGGAGGCCAGGGUCACUGGCUACCCGCGGCCCGUGCUCAAAUGGCUGAAGAACGGACGCCCGCUGCACGGCUCCGAACACAUCUCCAUCACCACCACGCCGCAGGGCACCACCAUCAUGGAGAUCGAGAAGGCGGGACCAGAGGACGCCGGAACCUACUCCGUGCUCGCCGUCAGCGACCUCGGAGACGCCUCCAUCGACGCCGACGUCACCGUUGAACAAUUCUUGAGCCCAACCUGUAAGGUCACGUAUGCGCCGCACCGCAAGCCGCUGAUGCAGGACACGUUCCGCCCGGUGCGCGCCGUGGAGGGCUACCCGGCGCGCAUCGAAGGCAAGGUGUCGGGAUACCCGCCGCCCACCGUCGCCUGGUUCAAGGACGGCCAGCCGUUGAGCCCGGCCGACGGCGUGCGGCCCUACCUGCUGCCCGACGGCACGUUCGGGCUCGAGUUCGACGCCUGCCGGCCGGCCGACUCGGGCCGGUACACUGCCAAGAUCUCCAACCCCGAGGGCGAGGCCGAGGCGGAGACCAAGCUCGACGUCAUAGGCAAGCAGCGGCCGGGCGAGGACAGCGCGCCCGCCUUUACCUGUCCGCUGCGGGACUCGGAGGUGAAUGAGGGCAGCGUGCUGCUGCUGACGGCCGACGUGACGGGCAACCCGCUGCCGGACGUCACAUGGACACGUGACGGCGAGCCGCUGCCCCGUCACGAGCGGCUCUUCACCAGCUACGACGGCGAUAAGCUGACGCUGAUGCUGCGGCCGGCCCGGGUGGCCGACGCCGGCAAGUACCGCGUGGUGCUGACCAGCCCGCGGGGGCAGGCCGACUCGGCCGCCGACGUCCGCGUCAAGAAGACCUACGUGGCGCCGCACUUCCCGCAGAAGAUCACCGACCUGCAGCAGAUGCCCAAGUACGACGCCAAGUUCAUGGGCCGUGUAAUCGGCAUCCCGCGGCCGGACGUCGAGUGGUUCUUCAACGACAAGCCGUUGCGGCCGUCGGCCAAGUACAAGGUGAAGCGCGACGCCGACAUGUGCGCGCUGUACGUGCUGGACUGCACGCCCGAGGACGCCGGCGUCUACAGCUGCGUCGCCAGCAACGCCGACGGCUCGGCCAAGUGCUCCGCCACCCUCGAGGUGGUGGACCACAUUGUGCGCCGGCCGAAGCCGGAGCCGCCCUACUUCCUGAAGACUAUCGGCGACUGCGAGGUGUUCCCCGGCAUGCAGGGCAAGUUCACGGCCUGCGUGGCCGGCACGCCCGAGCCCGACUUCGAGUGGUACAGGGACGACAUGCGCAUGUACCCCAGUGACCGUAUCCUGAUGGAAGCGGACGGAUCCGGUCUGAUCCGGCUCAUCAUCAAACACGCCGACGAGGGCGACGCAGGCCGCUACAAGCUGAAGAUCUUCAACACGCACGGCGAGGCUGCCUGCGAAUCCGAGCUCUCCUACGACACCUUCGACAGCGGGCCGUCCAAGAACCUGAAGGACCAGUACGGCGCCCUGGAGCAGCAGCUCAAGUCUGGUGUGCCCAUGCCGCUCUCGGAUCGACCCAUCAUAUCCAGGAUGACGGACCGUCAGCUGACGCUGUCGUGGCGGCCGUCACCGACCGCCGGCCAGAGGAUCCCCGUCACCUAUCACGUGGAGAUGGCGGAGGUGCCGCGCGGAGAUUGGUUUACCGUCCGUUCAGGUGUGCGCGGGUGCUCGGUCGAGAUCCGCAAUCUGGAGCCCCACCGCGACUACAAGUUCCGCAUCAAGGUGGAGAACAAGUACGGCGUGAGCGAGCCUUCGCCUCACAUCACCACGCAGAGGGAGCGGCUGGUGCCCGAGCCGCCGGAGUCGGGCCCCUACCUGCCCGACGGCGAGCAGUUCAAGCCGGACAUCUCCUCCUACUUCCCGCGCGACUUCGACAUGGAGAAGUGGGCAGGAGGGCGCGCCCAUCCGCCCACGUUCCUGCGCCAGGAGCGCGGCACGCAGUACGGCGUGAAGGGCCACGGCGCCGACCUCAAGUGGUUCGUGUACGGCCACCCCAUGCCCGAUGUGCGCUUCACCUUCAACGGCGCGGACAUAGAGAUGGGCGGCCGGUACAGCCACAGCUUCACGCGCGCCGGCGAGCUCACGCUCUUCGUCAACAAGAUGCUGGAGCGCGACCAGGGCGUGUACGAGGCGAUCGUCUCCAACCCGCACGGCGAGGCUCGCCAGCGCGUCACCCUGCACGUGGCCGAGCACCCCCGCUUCACGCACACACCGGAGGAGGCGACCGUCAUGCAGCGCGACCAGGCGCGCUUCGAGGCGCGCGUGACAGGCGUGCCGCGCCCGGACAUCCGCUGGUACAAGGACUGGCUGCCGCUGGCGCCCUCCGACCGCGUGCGCAUCCACUGGAAGGAGCCGGACACGUGCGUGCUGCUCAUCAACGGCUGCGUGCCGCGCGACAACGGACUCUACUCCAUCAGCGCCACCAACGUGGCCGGCACCACCUCGGCCUCGGCGAUGCUGCACGUCGAGUACGACGAGGCCAUGUACAACUACAUCUCGUACUCGCCGGCGCGCUCCGUGCGGCCGCGCACCAAGGCCUUCGAGGACUUCUACAACGUGGGCGACGAGCUGGGCCGCGGCACUCAGGGCAUCACCUACCACGUAGUGGAGCGCAACAACGGCCGCAACUUCGCCGCCAAGUGCAUGAACGGCAAGGGCGAGCACCGCCAGGCGAUGAACAACGAGAUGUGGAUCAUGAACCAGCUGAGCGACCGCCACCUGGUGCGCCUGUACGACGCGUACGAGUCCCCGCGGCAGCUGAUCCUGGUGCAGGAGCUGUGCGCCGGCGGGGAGCUGCUGCCUGCGCUCUGCCGCCAGCCGACCUACACCGAGGCCGACAUCGCCAGCGUCGUGCGGCAGACGCUCUGGGGUCUGCAGCACAUGCACAGCAAGCACAUCGGCCACCUCGGGCUCACGCCUGGCGACAUCCUCUUCACCCGGCCCGGCGGCGACGAGAUCAAGCUGAUCGACUUCAGCUACUCGCGCCACAUCAACCCGCAGAAGCCAGAGCGGCUUGACUACGGCAUGCCGGAGUUCGUGGCGCCGGAGAUCGUGAACAGCGAGUGCGUGGGCCUGCCAGCCGACAUCUGGUCGGUGGGCGUCAUCACCUACCUCCUGCUGUCCGGAAUAUCGCCCUUCAGAGGCGAGAACGACCGCGAGACGCUGAAGAAGAUCCAGAGCGGCGAGAUGGACUACGACCUGGACGCGUUCUCGGGCGUCUCGGAGGAGGCUAAGGACUUCAUCGCCAAGCUGCUGGUGUUCGCGCCCGGCGAGCGCCUGGACGUGCGCAGCGCGCUGAGGCACCCCUGGCUCAAGUUCGCCGACCACGCGCCGCCCACAGUCAAGGAUGUCUCCACGGACCGGCUCAAGAUCUACCUGGAGAAGUUCAGGGACUGGUACCGGAACGCCUCGUGCCGCACGUGGUUCCGCCGGCGGCCGCUCAGCUCUGCGUUCACGCACCCGAGCUGCAUGGUGUACCCGCCGGACGUGGUGUACACGCCGCCGCCGUCGCCGGAGCCGACGCGGCGCGUCAAGUGGCAGCCGCCGCGCCUGGAGCCGGACGGACCCGACGGGCACGAGCCCAUCGAUACGGAGAUCGGCUGGGUCGGCACCGAGAGCCACUACCAGCAGGGUCCGGACACGUACCUGCUGCAGCUGCGCGACACGGGUCUGCCGUCCCGUCUGCGCGAGUACAUGAAGGUGGCGGCCGAGCGCUCCCCGUCGUACGCCCGGCGCGGCUGCGAGGACCCGCUCUUCGACCGCUCGCUGCCGAUCGUGCACGAGCGGCGCCGCUUCACCGACAUCAUGGACGAGGAGAUCGACGACGAGCGUAAGACGCGCAUCAGCCAGUACGACGCCGAGGCGCGGCCGCACGUGCCGCGCCGACUGCGCUACGAGAUGGGCACGCGCGCUGACGCCGUCGUCGAGGCCGAGACGCUGCUGGAGCAGCGGCGCGACGGACAGUUCCCGUUCUUCCGCGAGAAGCCGUCGGACACGGCCAUCCAGGAGGGGACGCCGUGCGAGAUCUCCUGCAUGGCCGUCGGAGAGCCCAAGCCAAUCGUGCAAUGGUUCAGGAAUGACAUCGUGAUCGGCGAGACGAAGCGGAUCAAGAUGGUGGAGGAGGACAACGGCCGGUCGCGGCUUCGCUUCGAGCCGGCGAUGGACUUCGACCAGGGCGUCUACAAGGUGGUGGCGCGCAACAGCGUCGGCCAGACCGUCACCAAGUGCCGCCUGUUCGUGGGCUCGGUGCCGGGCCUGGUGGACAUGCCGGAGCCGGUGGAGUACUCGGACACGGAGGUUAUGCUCCGCUGGAAAAUCCCGCAGGACUCUGGCCACACUCCCAUCCUCGCCUACGGCCUGCAGGUCAAGCAGACGUUGGACCACGAGUGGACGGACGUCGCCAACAAUAUCGACCACGAGUUCUUCUGCGUGCGCGGCCUGACGCCGGAGAGCAACUACCACUUCCACCUGAGGGCGUACAACAAGUUCGGCUGGGGGCCUUACAGCGUGCCCAGCCCGACCGUGCGCACGCGUAAACUCGGCUGGGAGCGCAAGGUGAUGGUGACGAAGGCGGAGAAGUACCUGCAGCAGCUGACCGAGUCGGGCCGCGCGCCGCUGGACCUGGAGGCACGUCCGACGCUUGACUACGCCGUCGAGGAGACCCCGGUGGAGCUGACCGACGGCUCGCCGGAGGGCAAGUACAGCUUCCUCGCCGAAAUCAACAGGGGGCGGUUCUCGCUGGUCGCCAAGUGUGUGGAGACGGCCACGGACCAGGUGCGCGCCGCCAAGAUCCUGGAGGCGGGCGAGGAGACGAGGGACGCUGCGCACGCCGAGUUCCGCGCGCUGCGCCACCUGCGCCACGAACGCGUCGCCGCGCUGUACGACGCCUACAGAAUGGACACCAAGUACGUGCUGAUCAUGGAGAAGCUGCAGGGUCUGGACAUCCUCACCUAUUUCCAGCUACGCCACGAGUACUCGGAGAACAUGGUGGCCACCGUGGUGACGCAGGUGCUGGACGCCCUGCAGUACCUGCACUGGCGCGGCGUGGCGCACCUGGACCUGCAGCCCGACAACGUGGUGCUCACCACGUGUCGCCGGGUGGACGUCAAGCUGGUGGACCUCGGCUCAGCGCAGCGCGUCACCAAGCUCGGCUGUCGCGUGCAGCGCUGCGGCAACCUCGAGUACUCCGCGCCCGAGCUGCUGGCCGACGAGCCGGCCUUCCCGAUGACGGACGUGUGGUCGCUGGGCGUCAUCACGUACCUGCUGCUGUCGGGCGUGACGCCCUUCCACGGCGACACCGACGCCGAGACGCGCCAGAACAUCCUGUUCGUCCGCUUCCGGUUCGAGUACCUGUACCGCGAGAUCACCACCGAGGCCACCCGCUUCCUCAUGCAGAUCUUCAAGCGCGCACCGAGCAAGCGGCCCACGUGCGAGGAGUGCUCCGAGCAUCGGUGGCUGCUCUCCAACGACUACAUGCUGAAGCGACGGGAGCGAGCCGUCUUCUUGGGCAACCGGCUGCGGGAGUACUCGGAGAAGUACCACCGCGAGAGGUUCGAGCAGGCCACCCAGAGCCCCGACCUGCUCUCCGGCUUCGGCAUGGGCCUGUCGCGCUCGCUCAGCGUCGAGAACAACGCCUACACCACCUUCUAGUGACGCGGCGGCGGCGAGGCCGCCCGCGCCGUCGGGGAGAUGUCGACCGCCCGCGUCCUGUCCCGCACGCGACCGCGCAGCCCAGUUUGUCAGAUGCACUCACCCUUGUGCCACCUCUUCUUCAGCUCUUGUCUCGGUAGUUCACACGCUAGGAAAGUUGUCCGCUAAUUCUCGUCCGCCAGAAGCCUGCUGUCGACGAUCGCUGGAGCUGGGUGUUCUCCGACGCGCCGACCCGCUUGAGAGUUGGGCGGUUUGUGGAUACGGUGAAGGUUUCUCUCCGGGUGUAACCGUAUGCGAUAUAUUGGUAAUACAUCGCUGUAUAAAGGA